AUGUCACGCCAGGUCUCCCCGAGCCCCUUCGAGAGACAAGUCUCCAUUCUCCCCUGGCGGGAGCAGUCCGCGGUUCAAGUUGAAGAAAUUGGGCUGCAUAUCAUCGUUGUCGGUGCAGGUCUCGCUGGUCUUUCUGCUGCAAUAUCCUGCGCAUUAUCCGGUCAUUCUGUUACCGUUUUAGAAGCAGUAAAAGAACUUGCAGAAGUCGGUGCGGGGUUACAAGUUACACCUAAUGGCUCGUGCCUUCUCAAAGCCUGGGGUCUUCCUCAAAAGAUGUGGGAACAGGCAGCUGAACCAUCUCAGUUGACGGUGCAUCGAUAUUCUGGAGAGGUUCUAGCCCAUGAGGCUGACUUCGAUAAGAAUACCCGAAGGAAAUACGGCGGGCCUUUCCUCGAUUUACAUAGAGUUGACUUACAGCAAGCUUUGUAUGAACGGGCUAAGCAGUUAGGGGUUAUAUUUCAUCUGGACGAACGCGUGCAAAAUGUUGAUUCCUCAGUGCCAUCGCUGACUACUUCUUCGGGGCUUGAAUAUCACGCUGACCUCAUAGUUGGAGCUGAUGGUUUAUGGUCACGAACUCGAGAAUGCUUCCUGGAGGCUGCUGAUCCGCCCAGGCCCACAGGAGAUUUGGCGUAUAGAAUCGUUCUAUCGUUGGAUCAAAUCAAAGAGCCAGCUUUACAAGAUUGGGUUCGCCAUCCAGAACUCCAUUUUUGGAUCGGCCCUGGGUGCCACGCCGUGGGAUACUCCUUAAAAGCAGGCAAAAUGUACAAUCUUGUACUGCUUGUCCCGGAUGAUCUACCGGCUGGUAUCAAGAAGCAACCUGGGAAUGUCGAAGAAAUGAGACUACUAUUCGAAGGCUGGGACCCUGUUCAAGUAACAUUCCACAGCGGCGAUUCCUGCCAUCCCAUGCUCCCAUAUCUUGCGCAGGGCGCUAAUUCUUCCAUGGAAGAUGGAGCGGCCCUAGGGACGAUCUUAAAGUCCGUCACAAAUAAGGCACAACUUCCGAAUGCUUUGCAUAUGUUUGAGAAGCUACGAAAAAGGAACGACUUUCAUAUGAAAGACGGCCCUGAACAAGAAGCACGAGACAAAAUAUUCUCAUCACAGCUUGGAAAAGAGAUUACUGGUGCUUUCCCAAGCAGAUGGUUUGUUUCACCCGAGGCAGUCCAAAGUGGUUCGUUUCUAACUACAGAUAGGACAUGCCCCGUUGUCCAACCAUGGAUAUAUGGGUAUGAUGCGAUAGCCGAAGCCAAAAAGGUGCUUCAAGGCAGUGAAUCGUUCAAUGUUAAAGAGAGGAUUGUUUUCCAAGAAGAAGUUUCUGCCCUAGAAUGCAAUAGCCAAGGGGAGAGUCAGAACCAGUCGUUAAUAUCGAGGGGGUCAGGAUGGAAGAUUUAA